AUGAAACUUUCUCUGUUCAAGGCCAACAAGAGACAAAGAAAGAGAGAAGGGCGGAAGAACUUUUGUUGUUCCCAGCUGAGAGUUCUGUCUCGUCCCGUGAGACGACGAGAGAUUGCGAGAUCAUUAUCUAUCUUCUUCUUCACCUAUUCAUUUACCUCCUUCUUCUUUUUCUUCUUCUUCUCCCUUUUUUCUUCUUUACUUAUUUAUCUAUCUUCUCCUUCUUCACCUAGUCAUCUAUCUUCUUCUUCUUCUUCUUUUUUCUUCUUCUUCUUCUUUAUUACUCAUCUAUUUUUUCUAUUUCUCCUUCUUCUUCUUCUUCCUUUUUUAGUCAUCUAUCUUCUUCACCUAUUCAUUUACCUCCUUCUUUUUUUUUCUAUCUUCUCUUAUUUAUCUAUCUUCUCCUUCUUCACCUAUCAUCUAUCUUCUUCUUCUUCUUCUUCUUCUUCUUCUUUACUUAGUCAUCUAUUUUCUUCACCUAUCAUCUAUCUUCUUCUUUAUCUAUCUAUCUAUCUAUCUAUCUAUCUAUCUAUCUAUCUAUCUAUCUACUUUCUUUCUUUUCUUUUCUUUAUCUAUGUUGCCUUUAUCACUGGACGUGUGUUAUGCCUGGGGGGUCUGCGCUGUGUCUCCACCAAAUACAACAAAGAUGUUGUCUCCGUUUUCUCAUUUCUCUUUCUCUUCAACUGGAUCGUUUCACUUCUCCUCCUGUCUUACGGCAUCUUUUUUGUUCUUGCUUUUCGACCACAGAUACGACACACUCACAUAGACACUCGCCUUCGUUCUGAUGAUAUCUGUGUUGGAGUGAGUGCCAACGACUGCAGUGUCGACAGUGACGGGACUGACGGUACGGGUAUGUCUCCACGUCGUUCACUCUCGCCGGACAGCGACAGCAAAUUAGGUGGCAAAACAGACGACUUUGUCAGCGGCAGUGGGACCACCAACAAAACUCGACGUCGACGGACGGCCUUCACAAGCGAACAACUCCUGGAACUGGAGAAAGAAUUUCACAGCAAGAAGUACCUUUCUUUGACCGAGCGUUCGCAGAUUGCACACAACCUCAAGCUCAGCGAAGUGCAGGUAAAAAUAUGGUUUCAAAAUCGCCGCGCCAAGUGGAAGAGAGUGAAGGCCGGUAUUGUUCACGGGCGUCAUGGUGGAGAUCCGAACAACAAACCGAAAAUAAUUGUGCCAAUUCCCGUGCACGUCAAUAGAAUGGCCAUACGGACUCAGCAUCAGCAGUUAGAGAAAUCUGUCAUUAGACCGUUGUAG